AUGACCAUGGUAGAGGGAGAUAAGAGCGCGACUCCGGUCGGAGCUGAGGCUGGGCAAGCAACCGCUACUACUGAUGCAACGGUAUCAUCUAAGGUGGCGGCGGGCUCUUCCUCCGUAAGCGAGUCGUCUUCUGAUAGUGUUGCCAGCGGUAACAAAGAGCAUGGCGAGCCCAAGGGACAGCAAAUUGAUGAGGUUCAUCUACAAGAGAUGUUUGACGCCGUAAUUGCGGCACGGAAGGCGGCGCUAAACGAAGAUCCGAGGGAAGCGUGGACUACGACAGUAGCUACACUGUACGCGAUCGAGCACAGCUCUUUGCCAAUCGAUGCCGAGCGAGUCUCGUCGGGCAAACACCGCUACCCGAAACUCCGCGGGGACGAGAAAAGCACUGCCGUUUUAAUUUGUUGA